AUCUGAGACGUUGCGCAAAUGCGGCGUUGGAACUUCUGACACAGUUUUCACCCUUGUGCUUGGGCGAUUAGAUGUCUGCCCGCUCUCAUCUGUCACGUUGAACCGUACCUGAGGAAUACAGGGCCUGGUCUUGGCGUUUCGUUGCUCUGCUCGCCGCUGUAGCCUUCCGCCUGCAACUUGCAGACAGGCCAGGAGCACUUUCUCCACCACCUCGCUACUUUCCAUAGUAGAGCGUUUGAGCUGCAAGACAACCCAAGUCAAGCGCCACCAACUUGCACACGGCUCUCGCAUCACCUCUGUGCCCGUUCCACGAGCUCUCACCGUCAGGUUAACCAAGUCCCCGUACACCCCCCCACCACCUGGAUACAUCACAUAAUCAUGGCGGAUGUCGACAUGGCAGAUGCACCCCCGGCCAAGACGAAGACGGCCAAGGCUGGUGGCAGCGGAGAAGGCGACAAGAAGCGCUUCGAAGUGAAGAAGUGGAACGCCGUCGCGCUGUGGGCGUGGGACAUUGUUGUAGACAACUGCGCCAUUUGCCGUAACCACAUCAUGGACCUCUGCAUUGAGUGCCAGGCCAACCAAGCGUCAGCGACAAGCGAGGAGUGCACUGUGGCAUGGGGAAUCUGCAAUCACGCCUUCCACUUCCACUGCAUCUCACGAUGGCUCAAGACCCGACAAGUGUGCCCGCUCGACAACCGAGACUGGGAAUUCCAGAAGUACGGCCGAUAGACGCUCGCAACAAGUAGCUAUAGGGAGAAUGGCUUCACCGAGGACACGUAUUUUUGUUUCGUUUGGACGUCUGGCGUUAGUACGGCCUUUACAACAGGGCUACGAGAGCAUGAUGUAGUAGCAUAGGUGGAUAUGAUUGAAAUGAAGUCCCAUUGUCAUGAUGAAGUCCCUAUGACUAUGUUGACUAUCCCACCUUCUGCCCGUCUACGGCAAUGUUGUACUGUGACGUUGAGUUGUGCGGCGGCAGCCAGUCCUCUGGGUUCUUGUUGUAGAAAGGCCACGGUGGCACAACGACGAGGAAGGUGAGAGCGGUGCCGGCGAGGCCAACGUAAAGGGCGAGGCGGAUAUCUUGUUGCAUGUAGCCG